UGUAUGGCCCACCGUAUCUCCUCUGCCUGCCGCGAUUUGAACUUCCUUCCUCACCUAUUUCUGCAAUAAUCGCCGUCCAUACCUUCUAAUAACAGAGUAUAUUAUAUAUGGCACUUCUAUCACUAUCGCCAUAUAGAAGUAUCUCACCCUUUACCUCUUCUCUCCUUCCAUUCACCCAUGAAUGUAUUAUUAGAAACAGAGUAAUAAAGGUUGGUUUUUCGAAAAGGGUUUUUGUAUGUACAGCUGCCACAGCCGGUGGCGACCGGAUUUUGCUGUCGGACGUAGUGGUUAGUCGCCGGAGAAAUGUGUAUUGGGGGAGAAAAUGGAGUUCUUUAGACAUGGCCACUAUUGGGGUGGUGGUGGUUAUGCAUUUACUCUGUCUUUUUGCACCCUUCACCUUUAAUCAAACCGGUUUCUUUUUGGCUGUUGGUUUGUAUUUUGUAACUGGUCUUCUGGGUAUUACUCUGUCUUUUCAUAGGAAUCUAUCUCAUAGAAGCUUUAAGCUUCCCAAAUGGCUUGAAUACUUUUGUGCAUAUUGUGGUGUUCUAGCUCUUCAGGGGAAUCCAAUUGAUUGGGUUAGUACACAUAGAUACCAUCAUCAAUUUUGUGAUUCUGAAAGAGACCCACAUAGUCCAAUUGAAGGGUUUUGGUUUAGUCAUAUGAGUUGGCUAUUUGAUACUGAUUUUAUUGCUAAAAGGUGUGGAGAAGUGAACAAUGUUUCAGAUUUAGAGAAACAGGGUUUUUACAGGUUUUUAAAAAGGACUUAUGUUUUGCAUCCAUUGGCCUUGGCAGUAUUGUUGUAUGUUCUUGGAGGAUUUCCUUUCAUUGUGUGGGGAAUGGGUGUUAGGGUUGUAUGGGUAUACCAUAUUACUUGGCUUGUGAACUCUGCCUGCCAUGUAUGGGGAAAACAGGUCUGGAAAACCGGGGAUUUGUCUCGUAAUAACUGGUGGGUGGCUUUGCUUGCAUUUGGCGAGGGUUGGCACAACAAUCACCAUGCAUUUGAAUACUCGGCUCGACAUGGCCUUGAAUGGUGGCAAAUAGAUAUGACUUGGUACAUGAUUAGAUUUCUCCAAGAAAUUGGACUUGCGGCCGAUGUUAAGACGCCGAAUGAGUCCCAAAUGAAGUUAAUGAAGUUUGAAGAUAUAAAGAUUGUCGAUUGAAAUUGGUGGCACUUAUCGGUUAUUCUAGACGAAACAAUUGGUUAAAUAGUUGAAAUAUUGAAGUUAAUGAUCAAAUUAUAAUCAAUUUCUUAACUAUUUUUUUUCUUAUAAACUUUUCAAAAAAUUAAGCUGUUGUUUUUGUUUGAACCCUUUAUAUUUCUA